AAUGAUGCUGAAGGAAAUAGCGCUUUAGUUAUGGUUAGGGAAAGGUUGCACUCAUGGUUAAAUAACAGUAAAUACUGGUGUCAAGGAAAGGUACAAUAGAAGAUCGUUUGUAAAAGCAAGUAGCAAAAGUAAUGCUAAUUUUUUAAUUGAGUUUGAAAACCUGCAAAUUGUUGUUGUUGUUUGGAAGUGAAUGAAGUGAACGCAGGCUUUACUCCCUGAGUAAGGAGUGAUUAAUGAAAACUACCCAAUGAGGCUUCAUCCCAAAGUGUAUUAAUUCCAACCUUUUGAUGAGAGAGGACCAUUUUAAUAUGUAUGACAAAUUAAAGAUUCAUGUGACAAACGUGCUCGUCUCUCCUCAUAGGAUCCAAUCGUCACACAACAACAGGCACAUGACUGUAAGUCAGGGUAACUUAAGCCUACAUUUGCUGAGCAGCAGACCAGAAACACUUCAGAGCAGCAGAGGAGAUUACAAAAUAACUGAGCCACUCUCUUUUUGACGGUGAUACUCAGAUUCCCUGGUGACGCGAGGCGGGUGUUAAUGUUGUCGUCUUAGGUCUGCGGUCAGUCAGGGUUUUACUCAUAUCGCGCGUGUGUUUGAGUCCACUUGGGUACUCAGAAGCAACUAUACCCAAACUUGCCUUGUUUACCAGAAUGCAACUCACUACAGAGGAGAAAAUAGAGCUUGGACUCAAGGAACAGGGAACCAUCAAUCCUGCAUUUGCGGGCAAAGACAGUGAUGAACAGCCACAGCUGACAGUGGACAUUGGGGAACCACACACAGAGGCCCUGGAGGAGGCUGCAGACGAAGGCGUAGAUUUGGUUUACUCCCUCAAUGACAGGCCACCGUGGUACCUCUGCAUUCUGCUCGGCUUCCAGCAUUACAUCCUGGCUUUCGGCGGCAUCAUUGCAAUACCGCUCAUCCUGGCCGAGCCCCUCUGCAUAAAGGACAAUAACGCUGCCAAAAGUCAGCUCAUCUCCACCAUUUUCUUUGUGUCAGGAUUUUGUACGCUGCUGCAGACGGCAGUCGGUACCAGGUUACCGAUCCUCCAGGGUGGGACCUUCAGUUUCAUCACGCCGACCCUGGCCAUUCUUGCUUUGCCCAAGUGGCAGUGUCCGGCCCCAAAAGCACCUGUGAUGUUGUCCAUGCAGCUGCAGAAUGGCACCAGCUCACUGCAAAUGGACAAUUCUGACGAGGUCUGGAUGUCACGAAUGCGUGAGAUCCAGGGAGCCAUACUGGUGUCUUCUCUGCUCCAGAUCGUCCUGGGCUUUUCCGGGCUGGUGGGCCUCGUGCUCAAAUAUAUCGGCCCCCUGGCUAUCGCUCCCACCAUCAACCUCAUCGGCCUGUCUCUGUUCAUCGAGGCUGGAAAGAAGUCUGGAGGUCACUGGGGUAUAGCCGCUCUCACGGUCUGUUUGAUCCUCCUGUUUUCCCAGUAUCUCAGCAAAGUCGAUGUUCCAAUGAUUGCUUACAAGGAUAAGAAGUGGAAGGUUUUCCAGUAUCCGCUCUUCAAACUCUUCUCCGCUUUGUUCGGGAUGUGUGGAGGCUGGCUGGUCUGCUUCUUACUGACCAUCUUUGACGUCCUGCCUUCAAAGUCUGAUGAGUAUGGCUUCUCGGCCAGGACCGACAUCAGCCUGGACGCUGUGACAAACUCCCCAUGGUUCCAUGUGCCUUACCCAGGUCAGUGGGGUAUGCCCACAGUGAGUGUGUCCUCAGUGUUGGGUAUGAUGGCAGGCGUCCUGGCAUCUACCAUGGAAUCAAUCGGUGACUACUAUGCUUGUGCUCGUUUGUCCGGCGCUCCUCCGCCGCCGACUCACGCCAUCAACCGAGGCAUUGCUGUAGAGGGCAUCGGCUGCAUCCUGGCUGGACUGUGGGGAACCGGGAACGGCACCACCUCCUACAGCCAGAACAUCGCUGCACUCGGCAUUACCAAGGUUGGCAGCAGACUGGUCCUCCAGACGACCGGCAUUCUCAUGAUCGUCCUGGGAAUCUUUGGGAAGUUUGGAGCGGUUUUUAUCACCAUCCCAGACCCGGUCAUUGGGGGCAUGUUCCUCGUUAUGUUUGGAAUGAUCGCAGCAGUGGGGAUAUCCAACCUUCAGUACAUCGACCUGAACUCAUCUCGUAACCUCCUCAUCCUCGGCUUCUCUACCUUCAGUGGUCUUGUCCUACCUACCUGGUUUCAUUCCAAUCCUGGCAUCAUUGACACAGGAAUAAAAGAGCUGGACCAAGUGAUUGUUGUGCUCUUCACCACACACAUGUUCAUUGGAGGAUUCUUUGGGUUUAUCCUGGAUAACACUAUUCCAGGUACUGACAAAGAGCGGGGCAUCAAGAGCUGGCGGGACAAGGUGCAAGAGGGAGGCAAAAAUGUGACUGACCAGUCAUGCUACGAUAUCCCUUUCUGCAAUGGUCUUUUCAAACGGUUUAGAUGUUUCCAGUACCUGCCCUUCCUCCCCUCUUACAAGACCACAGAACAGGGUACAUCAAAGUAACAAGCUGGCAUUGAUGCUGGCCUGCUAGCUCAGCAACAGUAGUUACUGAGGAUUGAAAAGCAGAAUAAGUGAACACGGCAUUAUUUCUGCAACCAGCUGUGGCUUUAACCUUUGAGUGUGCGUUUGAAACACUGGACUGCAGGAGUACUGACGCCUGAUUUAAGCAAUAUUAACCGAGAGGGUGUGCUUUAAUGUUAUUUGAGCACGACAGUGAUGCGGUCAAGCAUCACUGAAGUGUUCAAAUGGAGUUAAAGCACACCCUCGAGUGUAAUAUUGCGAUCACACAACUAUUACCAACAAAGUAAAAUGUAUAUGGCGGAGUAAUAUUAUUAGUGAUGAGUAAGGUGUGCUGUCAUGCUGAUUUGAGCACAUUCUAAAUGUCUUGUGGACCAAUCAGAUUGCUCGGCCGGAACUACUUGUUGUAUAACCCUUCUUACUACAUACAAGUCUGAGGGAAAAAAAUAACACACUGAAUGAGGCUCUGUUCAAAUAAAUUCUAUAUAAUGUAAACUCUGCAUCUUCUUUAGCACUCAAAGUUAAAUUCUUUUGUAUCCACACACAGUGAGACAGUUAUUUAAACCUUUUGAGUUACUGUGUCUCCUCUCUGUUGGAAUUCAACAAAAUAAACCUCCUUCACAGCAUUUCUAGGUUAGUAAAACAUUCACAGCAGAGCACAGCACGACACACUUGCAAAGACAAACGAUGUUUCAAAAUGCCACACAUCUCUUUUGUGCGUGUGUGACUUACACAUAGAAAUAAAUUAAAUCUUCAGUGAACUGAUGCAUUGUUUCAAAAAACUGGUGCAAAGACUGGGUGUAUGCUUGUUUCUGUGUAAUGAAGCUGCUGUUCAGGUGUUACAAAUGUAUUGUAACCUGUACGUUUUCAGUAGGAUCAUUACUACCUCGUCAGUUACAGAAACCGAUCAUUAAUGGAAAGCUUUUUCAUUAAAAAAAGACUAUAAUGUGAUGUCUUUUAAAAGAGCUGUUUUAAUUAACGUUAUUAAGGUCACUGCUUUAUACAUUUCAUUUUGUCUUUUGUCGUUGUAUAGAAGUACAGUUUAGAUUUUUAAAUAUGAUGCUUUUACAUUUAAGAAUAUGUAAUUUUACUAAUUUUUUGUACAAUAAUUUUGAGUCAGUCCUAAACUGUGACAAUAAAGGGUUGUAAAAUUCUG